AUGGCGUCUCAAGAGACAGCUCUGGAUCAGGAGCUGCUGCGGCUUUCCACUCAAAUCGCCGGUCUUGCGGCGCGUACUGACAGCCAGGGCUCUCAGAAGAUUCAAGACUUCCUGAUCAAGACGCAGCAAUCCCUCGAAUCUCCGUGGGAGACACUGAUGCGUUACUAUGAUCUGGAUUUCCAACACGUAGCGAUCCGAAUUGGAUGCGACAUGCGGAUCUUCACCAGCUUAGCAGCCUCGGACAAGCCCUUGAAGCUGCAUGAUAUUGCCAAAGUGAAUGGAGCUUCGGAACUGUUGCUUGGGCGCGUCUUGCGUUAUCUAGCCUCGAUCAACACGAUCGAAGAAGUUGAUCAAGACACAUUCAUGGCCAGCCACAUCACCCGAACGCUUUCCCAGCCUGGCAUUGAAGGGGGGAUUCGACUGUCCUUCGAUUGUCAACGACGGACUAAUUCUGCUCUGCCCGAUCUGUUGGUGGAGCGAAAGUUCCAAGACAUCACGUCGUCCACUGACACCGCAUUCAACAAAGCCUGGGGCUCUAAGGAACCUUUUUUUACCUGGGUCCGCACCCAGCCUAAAAUAUUCGAGCAUCUUCGUCUCGCUCUGGAUGUGCAGUUCCGAGAAGAUUGGCUCAAUGCAUUCCCGCUCGAAUCAUAUCUCGGCGACUUUGCCUCGCGGGCCGAUCCCAACAAAGUGCUCUUCGUUGAUGUAGGCGGCAGCCUUGGUAUUCAAUGUCGCGGAUUGAAAGCAAAAUUUCCACAUUUGCCGGGGCGCGUCAUCCUGGAGGAUCUGCAGGAGACAAUCGACGUAGCACCGGCUCUGGAAGGUGUGGAGUUGCUUGCGCAGGAUUAUUUGACGGAACAGAAGGUCAAAGGAGCCAAGUUCUACUACUACCGAAAUAUCCUCCACGAUAACCCCGACGAUCGUUGCCGACUGAUAUUGGAUGGCUUGAGGCCUGCGAUGGAAGAGGACUCGCUGUUGUUGAUCGAUGACAAAGUGCUUUUGAAUCAAGGCAGCCAUCGUCAUGUCACCAUGUUGGAUUUGGCUAUGAUGGCGCAGGUGGCAUCUCAUGAAAGAACAUUGGCGCAGUGGCAUGCCUUGUUGGAAGGGGCACAGUGGGAGAUCAAAGACAUCGUUCGUUACUCUCACGAGUAUGACUCGAUUAUCGUAGCUAGGCCUGUGGCACAGAAGGCAUAG